AUGGCAAAGUUUUACGCUGUCGCCCAUGGCUUCAAGAGUGGGCUCUUCGAGGACUGGAACGAGGCGAAGAAGCAGAUCGACGACUUCCCGCAGCCCGUCUACAAGAAAUUCGAGGAUAAGAAGGAGGCUGAGAAGUACUUGGCGGAGCGCGCAGCAAAGUCUACAGAAAUCGCUGACUCGAAAGAGGAUGCCGAUGCUUGGUACGCGGUUGCUCGAGGGAAGGUCGUCGGCGUCCUGACUGAUUACGCUGCCGUGAAGAAAUCGAUCGCCGACUACCCACAGCCACUCCACAAGAAAUUUUCAAACUUUGAAGAGGCCCAUCACUACUACCUGAAGUAUGCAAAGGGCAAAGACUCUGGCUCCAAGGAGGAAAAACAACCGAAAAAGGAGAAGGAAACUAAGAAGCCGGCGGAAGAAGCCUACUAUGCGGUGGCUAGAGGCCAUAAAACUGGCGUCUUCUCCACUUGGGCCGAAUGCAAGGAGCAGACCGAGGGAUUCAAGGGCGCCAAGUUCAAGAAAUUCGACAACAAGGACGACGCCGAGCUCUUCGCCGCGGGCAAGACCCUGAAGCAGAUUGAAGAAACGAAGAAGCGCGCAGGUGGUGAUGUCGAAGAAGAGGCCGUGGAGAAGAAGCGGAAGCGCAAU